AUGCUGCGCGCCUCCAUCCUAAGGGCCCGUCCAGCUGCCCGCCCUUUGGCCCGCGCCGCCCGCCCGCAAUGGCUCCCAGCCCAGCGCUGCUACGCCGAUAGCAAGAACCUGGGCGAGACGGCCGUCCCCAAUCCCGCGCCCACCACCUCGCCCUCCGACCCCAAGGGCACCAUUCCCACCUCGGAUAUCCCCAAGGCACCGCCGGCGCCCGACAGCACCGUGACUGCAGGCGCAUCGCGUGAUGCUCCCGCCAUAUCUCCCAAGACGACACCCCCCACCGGCCCCGGAUCGUCCAGCAUCGCCCCCGACCCCAUCCAGCCCAAGCCCAAGAAGAAGAGACGCAUAUUCCGCAAGCUGCUGCUCUGGCUGACGGUCCUCUCUGGCCUCGGGUACGCCGGCGGUGUGUGGUACUCGCUCGUGUCGGACAACUUCCACGACUUCUUCACCGAAUACAUCCCCUACGGCGAGGAUGCCGUCGCCUACUUCGAGGAGCGCGAGUUCAGGCGGCGAUUCCCCGGCCGCGCUGGCGAACCACGGCUGCACCCCCAGAUCUCGGGCGAGAACAAGGUCACCAUCCCCGGACGGAGCGGCUUGACUGCGCGCCCGGCCCAGGAGAACAAGAGCGACCUCGCCUCCAAGGGCCCCCAUCUGAGCGCCGUCGAUGCCAACAAGCCCCAGGACAAGACCGAGUCGGGCGGCCAACAGCCGAAGGUCUCAUCAAGCGCACCCGCGCCCACCGAGAAGAAGGCCCCGGUUAAGGAGGUCGAGGUUAAGAAGGACGCCACGCCCAUCUCCCAGCUCGACCACCUCAGCGUACCCUCCGCCACCGAGCCCGUCGUCCAGGAUGUCGUCAAGAUCGUCAACGACAUCAUCACCGUCAUCAACGCCGACAACGCCCACGACGGCAGGUACAACUCAGCGCUGGACAAGGCCAAGAGCGAGCUCGCCAAGGUCGUCUCGGACAUCAACCUGAUGAAGGAGAGCCUCCAGAAGCAGACCGAAGACAAGGUCAAGGCCGCCCACGCCGAAUUCGACGAGGCCGCCAAGGAGCUCGUCCAGCGCCUCGACCACCAGAUGCAGGCGCAAGAGACCCAGUUCAAAGAGGAAUUCGAGAACGAGCGCGAGCGUCUGUCACAAUCCUACAAGGAGCGCCUCCAGUCUGAACUCCAGGCCGCUCAAAAGGUCUACGACCAGAAGCUCAAGAACCAACUGCUCGAACAGAGCAUCAACAUGCAAAAGUCCUUCACAGCCAACGUCCGGGAGCGCGUCGAAGCCGAACGCGACGGCCGCCUCGGCAAGCUCAACGAGCUCUCCUCGUCCGUGCACGAGCUCGAGAAGCUGACGGCCGAGUGGAACAGCGUCGUCGACGCCAACCUCAAGACGCAGCACCUCGUCGUCGCCGUCGAGGCCGUCAAGUCGGCUCUCGAGACACAAGCCAUCCCCAAGCCGUUCGUCACCGAGCUCGCGGCCCUCAAGGAAAUCGCCCAGGACGACCCCGUCGUUAGCGCCGCUAUCGCGAGCAUCAACCCCGCCGCCUACCAACGCGGUAUCCCCAGCUCGGCCCUCCUAAUCGACCGCUUCCGUCGCGUCGCUUCUGAAGUCAGGAAAGCGGCUCUCCUUCCUGAAGACGCUGGUGUGGCUUCCCAUCUCGCUUCCCUCGCCAUGUCGAAGGUGCUGUUCAAGAAGAGUGGGUUGGCUGUCGGUGGCGAUGUUGAGGCUGUGCUUGCACGGACGGAGGUUCUGCUCGAGGAGGGUGAUCUCGAUGCUGCGGCUAGGGAAAUGAAUGGACUACAAGGCUGGGCUAAGGUGCUGAGUAAGGAUUGGUUGGGUGAGUGUAGGAGGGUGCUGGAGGUUAAGCAGGCGUUGGAUGUUAUUGCUACGGAGGCGAGGCUGAAUAGCUUGCUCAUUGACUAG